UAUACUAUUAUCGAAAAAGUGAAAGGAAUGUUUGCAUGUGGAUGUACAUCCUUAAAAUUUUCAAUGAAUGGACGCUUUUUGGCCUCUGGUUUCUGUGAUGGGUCGAUACGAAUUCAUGGCGUCAAGAAAGGAUCUUUGCGCUUUUUUGUGCAUUUUCAUUACAACUCAAUUAGUUCAAUUAUAUGGACUUUGAUUCAAGGAAAACGUAUGUUAGUUGCAUGCUCAAAAGAUGAAAAAGCAUCUCUAUGGAAUAUAUACAAAGAUUAA